ACCUGACAACAUAGAGGGUUCUUCUGAUUAUCUGCUUUUCGGAUAUUAAUGUACAGUUAUUGGGAUUAAUUAAAUUAUUUUACUUUUACUUUUAUAAUUAGAGGUCAGGUUGUGUAUGUGUCAGCAGUUAUUGAUAACAUGCGUUGUAGUCGAACGGUGACGUUCGUCCCCCAGAAUGCAGUCUGGUAAACAGACAUGGAAGCACCUGGUGAAGACCUCCACAGCCAGCAGUGAACACUGCAUUCGCUCUUUUUCACGAUCUUCCUUCUUCUUUACUUCAUACAUCCAGCUGAUUUGCGUCAGUCCGAAGCAACGCUUGCAUAUACAGUGUGUAUAGCCUCGGUAAGACUAAAGUGGUUGUUAGUCGAAGACGCUUAGCAAUGACUUCUGCUGUGUUGCCAAGCUUUUGCCAGCUUUAUUGCUAAGGCUAGUCAUGGCUGGCCACAAGCUUGAGCUAGCGAGCUAAUUUAGCCACUCCUCUCAAGGAGUACUUGUAGGAGACCUGAUAAUGUUUUGGCCAGACUAGAAGGAGCCUUGAUUCAUGUCGCUGUGUUUAUGUAAAUGUGGGCUAUCAGUGAUUUCUAAUUGCAUCAAUCGAUCUACAUUUCGACUCGGUCUACUGUUUUCCUCACAACGUCGUGGUGUAUGGGUGGCGACAGUUAUGGCAAUGAAACUUUUACUGUGGAUGGCAUUGACUCAGGACUAAGCCCAGAGUUUUUCCUUGUGGAAGGCAACCAUCACCAAAACUGAUGACGAUCCACUAGUUCAAUUAAGACAGAAACUUUUUCACGUUUGACACGCGGAAAGAAUGUCGGAAAGGGCCGAUGAUGACGUCAGGGGCGAACAGCGCAGAGUGGCCAGGCAGCUGAAGCAGCAGCAGCAUAUCCAGCGGGGAGAAAGCUCCACAGCAAUGGCGACUGUUGCGGAGCGGAGAUCCCUGCCUAGUCCAGAAAUAAUGUUCGGACAGCCUUGGAGCAACUGGGUCGAUGCUUCCAAACUUCACGGCAACGACGGUGCAGAUUCGGAGGAAAGUUUAAAAGACUUCGGGAGGAACCGAGAAGCCAUGCGCUUGUGCAGAGAAGACAUGCCCAUAUUUGGCCAGUGUCCCGCGCAGGACGACUUCUACCUGGUCAUGUGCAGCCACUGCAGUCAGGUAGUCAAGCCGCAGGCCUUCCAAGCACAUUACGAGAGAAGACACAGCUUGGCCAGCAAGCCCACUCCCAUCCUGGUACGACCCUCUGCGGUGGGCCCCAGCGACUCCUCCUCCAACUUCAAACUCCUUAAAGCAGCCAAAGAAAAGAGAAAACCCCCCUUCAUACCAUUCAGGGAGCUGCAGCCAGACAAGAUACUUACUGCAGCCGUCAAGGUUGAGAAGAUCCACCUGAAGGUCGACCCAUCGGCCAAGCUAACCCAGGCCCCCUCUGCCAUGGCCACCGCCUCCACCCCCACCUCCUCCUCCUCCUCCGCUGGCACCACUGUGAGCUCCAAUACCGCAACGGUCACCUCCUCAUCCUCCUCGUCAUCGGCCCUCAAGCCAGGCCUUAACUCGCCCUCCAUACCAAAGCCCCCCUUGCUGGCCCCCGGGCAGAUCCCGAAUGGCAAGGGCCACACGUCUGUCCUGUCGGAGAAGAGGCAGGAGAGCAGCAAUGCCAGUAGCAGACGACACCUUUACAAGAGAUUGUCAGACCGAGAAUUCAAUCCAGAUAUUCAUUGUGGUGUUAUGGACAUGACCGCCCGGAAACCAUGCACAAGGUCACUUACAUGCAAGACACAUUCCUUAAGCCAGCGGAGAGCUGUGACCGGGCGCAGGAAACGCUUCGACACGCUGCUGGCGGAGCACAAGAACAGGGCCAGGGACCGGGAGAGGGAGCUCCAGCACCCCCACUCCCAGCAGACUCCCCCUCUCAGGGAACCCCACCUGCCCUCGCGCCUCCCCGCCGCCACCACCCACGAACCCCACCAGGCGGUCCACGGAAACGGCCCCGCCGUCGCCGAGGUCGUCGUCAAGUCUCCUGCCAAGCCCCGACCCUACAACUCCGGUGUCCCCCGACUGAACAGUAGCCAUGGAGCUGGGGUUCCCCCCGGGGAGCCCGCGGUGGUCCACGACGCCCCCCACCACCCGCCCAGUGCCCCGGACGGCGUGUCCCGCCCCUCAAGCGACGAAGGCGAGAACGAGGUCGGCGAGGAGAACGCCGACCGACUGGACUGUCACUAUUCAGGUUCCCACCCUCGACCGGCGGCUUAUUGUACUUUUGGAAGUCGGCUGUUUGGCAGAGGCUCCCACACGUUUGACCGGCGCUGGGACCGCAUGCGUUGUGCGCUGACUGCCAUGAUGGACAGGCACGUCAACUCGCAGAUGUGGAAGAAAAUCCCAAUGGCCUUGGAGAACUCCUCUUCCUCGUCCUCCGUCACCCCCGCCCACAGGACAAGCACAAACUCCCACGGUAGCACCUCCUCCCCGGGCUUCCUUAGCCCCGCCGGCACGCAGCCGCCCUACGGCCAGUCGUACGAGGGCCGCUCGGCGCUCUCCUACGGCACGGCGCCCAACGCCCGCGCCUCGCCGCAGGGCGGGGCCGACCACCCGGCCUACGGCGCCACGCAGGCCCGGCAAGUGUCUUCGUCGCCGCAGAUGCCUUCAGCCCACUCCUCCUCCCCCCUGGCGCCUCCCCCCGUCUCAGUCCGGGCGUUCAAGUCCCGCUCCUCCUCUUCCUCCGGCGGCGGCGGCGCAGGCAAGGCGGCGUCCUUCAGGCCCCGGGAGAGCUUGUCAGGCUCCUCCUCCACGCCGGUCACGCCCAGCUCCUUGGGCGGGGGCGCGGGCGGGGGCGGGGGGAUCAACAGCACCAGUAGCAACGCUAGCUUCAGCUCGGGGAAGAAGAGGAAGAACAGCUCCUUCCUCGCCUCGUCCCACGGCCCCGCCUCCGACUCCCCCUCGUCGAACGCCAACUCCUCCUCCUCCUCCGCCGCCUCCGCCACCUCCGCCUCCUUCAAGAAGAACUGUGGCAGCGCCCCGGGCAGCUCAGGUAGCACCCACCACCACGGCUCGCCGGCGCUCUCCUCCGCCGCCACGCACAGCGGCGUCCACAGCAUGGGGCUGAACUGUGGCCCCACGGUGCGCACCAACUCCCUCAGCCUGAAGGCGGAGCCCAGCGGGGGGCCCGCCGGAGGCUCCUCCUCGGGGCCCUCGCCGCGGGGUCCCCCGUCGGGCAGCCCCGCCGAGUCCAUCAAGCGCAUGAGCGUGGUGAUGAACAGCAGCGACUCGACGCUGUCACUGGGGCCCUUCGUCCACCACCACCACCACCACAACCACCACCACCACCACCAGUCCUCCUCGGAGCACCACGCCGGCUUCGGCCACCACGCGUCCGACGGCCGCCUGGACGGCAAGAAGCGCAAGAGCUCCCCGGCCGGCGGUGGGGGUGGGGGUGGGGGUGGGGGUGGAGGCGGGGUCGGCGGGCUGGGCGUUCCCGGAGGUGGUGGCGGCCCGGGGGGGGGCCCGGGUAGACCCAAGGUGGCCAAGUCGCCCUCCAUUAACAACAUCCACGGGAAGCACGGCCGCAGCGUGGCGGGCGGCCCGGGGCUGCCCAACAACUCUCACCUCCACCAGCCGAAGGCUCGCCCCUGACAGCGGUGCCCGGGUUCUAUGUAUGGAACCGGCAGGCGGAGGGGGCGGAGUCCAGAGCCGUCGGCGCUCAGACUGCACGAGGCCUUCUAGAAGACAAGUCAACGAGCGGAACCCAGACGACUCCCCCCUCCUCCCCCCGCGGGUCUCAUACUUCUACCUUCAGCUUCCCACAAUCCUCAGGGUGGAGAUGACGGAGAGACCGGUGACGUUAACGCAAACCUCAACAUUGGCACGGCCAUUUAGUGAACACACCAGUUCUCCCAAAGCCAUGUGCGUUGGGGUUUGGGGAGGGGGGGGGGGGGGGGGAAGGAGCGGGGGAGGAGGAGGGCGGGGUCACCUCCUGCCAGCCAUUUCAGUGUUGUCUCAGUGCCCUGAGAAGGUCUUCCGCUCCGGGCCCGCGGGAGCAGGGGCCUCCUCUGGGCCUCUGUUCAGCGUCGCCCCCCACCCCCCCCCGGUUGGACUUCAGGUUAGGGGGGCCGCUGGCGGACGGGAGUGGUGUGAGGCGCGGGGCGGGGCCGCAAGGGAGCCGGCGGGGCCGAAUUGCUUCCGUAUUUAAAGUGUGAACGCGUGCGCCUGACUGUGUGAAUGUGUGGGGGUGUGCGCACACUCUGGACUGUUUAGUUUUACUCUGGUCAGAUAUUUUACCGGACUACUGGAAAUAUCCAACUAUUAACACCCACAUCGCCUGAUCUCAGAAGCCUUGGAAGGAGAGGGAGCAGUGGCCCCGCAGCGGGGACCGCUGUGGCCCCGCGGCGGGGACCGCUGUGGCCCCGCGGCGG